AUGUGGGUGCAGCUAGCGGAGAAGGCGCCCGCCAAGGGCCGAGCGGUGCAGGUGGACCUGGCGAACUCCGGCUGGGUGGUGGUCCGAGGCAAGGACGGGGAGAUCUACGUGGCUGAGGACGCGGUGCCCCCGCUGCGGCAGCCGCUGCUGGGCUCGGGGGGCUCCGUCGACGGGCGGCUGCUGCGCGCCAACUGCCGCCUCUUCGGCACCCGCUUUGACCUCCGCAGCGGCCAAGUCCAGGGUCCCUGGUGCCCCGGCGUGGAGCGGGGCCAGCAGCCCCUGGUGCAGCUGUGGCUGCUGUGGUUCCUAGCGCUGCUGUUGCGGCAUUUGGUCAAACCGCAGCCGCUGCGGGUGGUGCGCAGCCGCCUGCACGAGGGACGCCUGGAGGUGGAGCUGCCGCCGCUGAAGAGGUGCUGGGAUGCCCCGCUGGCACUGGCCAGGUGGCUCCUGGUUCCACGUGAGGCUCCGAACUGGGCCCAUGCCGAGGUGGAGCUCCAGGUGCUACCUGGAAAGAGCAACGAGGAGAUGGAGGAGGUGAAGAUUUCAGCGGUGGCCAAAGGCUGCCAGGCCGAGCUGGGCAAGGCUUUGCUGCGCCUGCCGAGAACCGCCUCCGCGCCGCAGAUGGCCGCGCUGGUGCGGCAGUGCUUCAGCCCUACGGCAGCAGCGAAGGGACCGCGGGUCGCCGUGUGGGUGGCGCAGUACGUGCAGCCGGAGGCCCGGGGCCUAGGCCUCGACCAACGCCUGUUUUCCAAGAUCCUCGAUGUCUUGCACACAAGAGGCUUCGACUUCGUGCUGCUGGUGGUGGACGGGCGCACGCCGCAGCUGGUGGCGCAGCUCCAGGCGCACUACGAGGGCCAAGGCUUCGUGAAGAUCGCGGAGCCCAACGCUAUGGGACUGAUGCGCGCCAUGCUGCGCCCCGUGCGAAGCGCAGCCCCCUCCGCCGAGCGAGCCACUGGCGCCGACGCGGUGCCCGUGGCGAGCGCCUUUCAGCUGGCGCACGGCUACGUGGCCCUGCCACUCCUUCAGGAGUUUGUGCAGUUGCUGCCUGCGCUGCGUGCCGGGCGGCUGGGAGUCAAGCCCGGGCCUGCGCAGGUCUUGCUGCGGGCCAUGAUGGUGCUUGGCUAUGUAGAGAGGCGAGCAGAUGGCAGCGUGGGCGUCAUAGAAUCAGAAGAGUUGCAGGCCUGGGAGCGUCUCUUGGCGGAGCCCCUGGAGCCCUACGAGGUGCCGUGUUUGGCGUCGCUGCCGAAGCUGCUGGCCCAAAGGCGCAGGCGGCUCGAGACCCAAUUCGCCAAGGUUGCAGCCCUGCUGGAGGGCGCACUGCUGACGCCGCUGCUGGUGCUGCUGCUGGUGGCGCGCCAGCGUGGCCUAAAAGAGCUGGAGGACCAGCUGCUGCUGGAGACGGGUUUGGGUACGGACCACGGAGGCGCGGUGCAGAUGACCACCUCAGCACCCCUGGCACUGCAGCGCUGCCAGAUGAUGCUGGUGGCGGUGUCUUAUGCUCCCAUGCUGGCAAAGUUUCAGCACGUCCUCCGGGAGGAGCCCUCCUGGGGCUUCCAGGAGGCGACGGAACUGACGGAACUGCACGUGGAUCGAGGCCUCAACGUCUGGGGCAGCGGGCUGCAGCACCAGGCCUUUUUUCGGCAGCUCUUGGAGUUGCUUGGCCCCCUCUUUAGCGGCGACCCCCAGAAGCAGCCGCGCUAUGUGGCGGACACAGGCUGCGGGGACGGCAGCUUGCUGCUGCAGAUCUACGACUUUGUGCGGACCCGGACCCCACGGGGUCAGCAGCUGGAGGAGUUCCCGCUCACGCUGAUCGGCAUCGACCUGAUGAACGAGGCCUCCCUGCGGGCGGCCAAAGAGACGCUCCGAGCAGUGCCGUGCGAGCUGCUGGCGGGGGACAUUGGCCAGCCAGGCGCCAUCUGCGAGGAGCUCCGGCGGCGAGGCGUGGACUGCAGGCAGGUGCUGCAUGUGCGGUCCUUCCUGGACCACGAUCGGCCCUUCCUGCCACCGCAGCGACGGCCAGAAGGCGCACGGGCCCGCUUCGUGCGUCACCACUUUGUGGAGAGCGCCUACCUGGACAAAGCCGGCAACCUGCUAGCCGCGGAGGAGGUGUACCAGUCCUUGGUGGAACACCUGCAGCGCUGGGCAGAGAUCCUAAACGGCCACGGCCUCUGCAUGCUGGAGGCCAUGCUGUUGGACGUGCCCACCACGCGUCGCUACUUCGAGGACAAUGUCUCCUUCCACUUUGACAUCGAGGCGGCCCUCUCGCGGCAGUACCUGGUCCCCGCUGUGCCCUUUUGUAUGGCCCUAGCAGAAGCAGGUCUCUUCAGCAGCUUGCAGGGCUGGAGAUGCUUCCCCGAAUCUGGGGAGUACUGCCGGAUCCUGACGCAGCACUUGCGAAGGCAACCCUUCCGGGUGCGCCUGGCGGAUCACCGGGACCUGGACACGUUGGAAAGUCUGCAGACCCCCGGCCCCCUGCAGGUCUCCCGGGCGCAGCUGGAGCAGCGCUUGCGGUUGGCGCCCUUGGGCGCUCUGCUGGCUGAAGCCGCUGAUGGCCCACUGGCGGCGAUCUACACCACCCGGCUCCCAGAGGAGUCCCUGGCACGGGCCGAGAUCGAGCAGGUGUCGCAGGGGCCGGUGUUGCAAAUCAUCGCCCUCAUGGCAGCCCCAGAGGCGCCGGGUGUGGGCGCUCUGCUGCGGGACUUUGUGCUGCAGCUGGCCCAGGUGGAGGGUGGAGAGACCUGCAUCGGCCUGAGCCGGUGCGGAAGCUGGGCAGGCUCCGGCCUCGGUAUGGAAGACUACAUCAGGAGACAUCAAAGCGGGGAGCUCUGUGACAAGGUUCUGGGCUUCCACACCCAGCGCGGCGCAAAGAUCGUCGGCCUGGCCCCGGGCGCGCGGCCCGUGGACGUGGAGAACCAAGGCACUGCGGUGCUCAUCCGUUACCAGCUGCGUGGAGAUGACGAGCCACUCGGGAAGGUGCCGAUUUCCGCGCCCGAGAUCGAGGCCUUCAUCCGGGAGGAGCUCGCGCUGAACCUCCAGGACAUGACUUUGAGCCUGGACUCUCUGGAGCUGGCGCAGCUGCAGUCUCGCGUGGAGCGGCGCUUCGGCGUGCGGCUGCCGCCUGAAGCGCUGUUCAGCGAGGGCGGCGUGCGGGGCCUCGCGGAGGCGGCGGCCAGGCAAGGCGGGAGAGGACAAAGCGCCCCCGAAAGUUUGGACGCGAAAUCUGUGGAGAGCUUCCUCUCGGAGGUGCUCGGCGAGGGCGAGGAGCGCGACUCUUUGGACUUGGCGCGGCUGCAGUCCCAGCUGCGGCGCCGCUUCCAGGUGGACCUCGGCUUCGAGGAGUUGGCGGCUGACCGAGCAGCCCUCACCGAGGACAUGCUGCGAGCUCGAGAUAUCCAUUACAACAAGUGGCGCGAGGCCCCAAUUGGCAUGGGCUCUACAGGCAUCGGCCAGUCGGCUCCAUGGAACCAGAAGGCAGCACCCGGCUGUGCCUGCACAACCUACGAGAUUUUGAAAGCCGGCUCCGGCAAGGCCAUCACAGCUGGCAGCAACCCAACGGUCCACGCAACCGGUGUGGUGAAAGAGACUGGCAAGAAGUUUUGGAGCACCAAGGACCCUGGACAGUCGCCGUUCAGCUAUGAGGCGGGCCGUGGUAAGGUCAUCAAAGGAUGGGACCAGGGCUGCCUCGGCAUGCAGGUGGGCGAGGAGCGCAAGAUCACCAUCGGCGGGUCGGAGGGCUACGGCGCUGGGGGCUUCCCUGCCUGGGGCAUCCCGCCCAACGCCACCUUGGAGUUCACUUUGGAGUGCCUUUCGGUGUGA